AUGGUUCGCUUCUUGGAUCUGGCUCUCCUCCUUUUUGGCUUUCAAGCCGCCGGGGUUUUCUCCCAGGCCCCCGACAGCGUCGAUGAGGAAAUCGAGGACCCUUCAACCAGCCCGACCCUCGCUGUGACCGUCGAAGCCAGCUUUCCCGAUGCCGAGAUUUUUGGUAUCAAGCUGGUCAAUGGCAAGCCCAGCGAAGCUAUCCUUUCCUUCAUGAACGAGGAGCCAGACCCAGUCACCAUUCAAUUCGUCGGUGGCAGUCUGUGGACUCCUGACGUCGCAAACCCUCGCAUCGUUCGAAACCUGACCACCGCCCAAUAUGCUGUCGAAAUCAGCCCUGGCGAGAAGGAGAGUCUCCCGUACAAAUUCCAGACCAACAUGCACCCGCAGGAUCUUCGACUCAACCUGGCUGCUGUCGUGAGCUCGCACAAUACAUUCUACACUCUGCAGGCCUUCAAUGGCACUGUCUCUGUGGUUGAGCCAGAUGCGAGCAUUUUCGAUCCACAAAUUCUGUUCCUGUACAUUUUCCUACUCGCCUGUACUCUCGGUGUUGGCUAUUUCUUCUACACCAUCUGGGUCGCCCCAUACUUCCCGCAGAAGCGCAAGCCAGCCACCAGGAAGACAGUCAAGAAGGCCGAGGUUGUCUCGGUUCAAUCUGACAACGAAGGCCCAGCAGUGUCUACCGGUGCAAAGGCAUACAACGAGGAGUGGAUUCCUACCCACCACAUUCAACGCCCAGAAGCUCGUCGUGUCAAGAGUGGCGGCAGACCAAAAAGCCGUGCAAAGCCAGAGUAA